AUGGCAACAAGGCAGCAGGCGUCGCUGGGCCUGUCGUCGUCAUCGUCGCCGCAAAGCAAAUUGUCUAAACUAGCGGGUAAAUGUCCUGACUAUGUCGAGUACUCAAAAUACCCUCAUAAGCCGAUUGAGCCGGGGGACUACAACUACCCGUUUAUGAGACCGCCGCCUAAAUGCCGGACAUUUUCCAGUCCAGCAGUGGAACGGGUGAUUGAGGAUUUGAAAGCGAAAGUGCUGUCACCUGAUUUGGGUCGGCUCAUAGAGAAUUGCUUGCCUAACACGUUGGACACGACGAUUUUGUGGCACACUGAUAAAAGCGCCCAGGACGGCUCACCUCACACGUUUGUAGUUACAGGCGACAUCCAUGCUGAAUGGCUCCGUGACGCCGCUCGUCAAUUGGCAGUGUACCAGCCGUUUGUCAAGCACGAUCCCAAAUUGGCGCGGCUCAUGGUGGGGGCGAUUCACACCCAGGCGUUCUACAUCAACGUCAGCCCUUACUGCAAUGCCUUCCACCCGCCUCCUGGUAGUGGUAUCCACAAAGGUAAUACCGCUAAGGAUAACGUAUUCCCCCCUCCCAACUGGAAUCAGGUGUUUGAGUGUAAGUAUGAGAUUGACUCGUUGGCGAGUUUCUUAACUCUCAGCAACGACUACUACGAAAACCUGGGAGGCGACACUCUGUUUAUGGACCCCCUGUGGUGGCAAGCAUUUGAGAAAGUGUUAGUGGUGAUCAAGCGGGAAAGCGUACCCCUGUUUGAUGAAGAAAGCGGACGGGCACUUAAACACUACUACUCGUUCAAGCGGUGGACCGAUAUCGGCCUGGAGACGCUCCCCUUAGGUGGUGUGGGUAACCCAGUGAACUUUGGUACUGGUCUCGUGCGGCUGGCGUUCCGCCCCUCCGACGACGCUACCAUCCUUCACUUUUUCAUCCCCGGUAACAUCCACGCCGUAACUGAACUUAAGCGGACCCGCAAGAACUUGUUGAAACAAGAGAAUUUAGGAGCAGCUAAGUCUGAUUUUGCCACCAUCAAGAGAGUUGUGGACGAAUUAAUCAAAAACAUUAACGAUGGUCUUAACACUUACGGCAUCAUCGAUCACCCUGUCUACGGAAAGGUGUAUGCAUACGAGGUUGACGGUUAUGGAGGAGCCGUAUUCAUGGAUGACGCCAACAUCCCUUCGCUUUUGGCUAUGCCCGACAUGGGGUUCGUUCCCGUCGACGAUCCCGUGUACCAAAAUACCCGGAGAAUGAUCCUUCGUAAAGAAGGGAACCCAUACUAUCUUACGGGAGCAUUCUUUGAAGGUAUUGGUGGACCCCACGUCGGCAUUCAGAACGCAUGGCCGAUGUCGUUAUUAGUGAAAAUUCGUACUUCUCAGGACGACAAGGAAAUUUCUGAGGCUCUUGAGUUGGUGAUGAAACUGACGGCAGGGCUUGGGUUGAUGCAUGAAACGGUGAACGUCAACUCCCCUGGUGGGAGAGACUACACCCGGCUGUGGUUCGCUUGGUGCAACUCCGAGUUUGGCAAGACUAUCCUCUGGUUGGCCAAGCACAAGCCUCAUUUGAUUUUCAAGGAUGGGGUCGGAUCGUACGAUAUCGACAAGGCGUUGCGGUUGGUCAACCAGGCGAAUGACGUCGCAUAG